AUGUCGAACGACCAGGGCGAGGCAGACCACGUCUCCCCACAGAAGCGGGAAGGCAGAAAGGUCUACCAUCCUCGCUCCUUGUCUAUGCCAAGGAUGCUCUGUGGCGACUCCUGCCAUUCAUACCCCAACGAUCCGCAGAAGGAAUACGAAGAACGCAAGUGGUGCAAUCACCCAAAGAUCUUCCUCGACCGCCGGAACGGCACGCUCGACAGUUUCCACCAACGGAUGGUGAACUGCACCUACUGCGAUCCGAGGCGGGAACGCCCUGAGCUCAGCACUCAGAAGUACCUCGCCAAGAUGGAAGAGGAAGCGGCGAAUGGGCCACCCCUCACAUUCACCGAGCGAAUCCUGGCAUCCGCCAAAAGGAAGACGAAGCGAGCUAUCACUCGUUUCCUGGAUGCUCAUCACAGUCUCAACGGCACUACGGCACCAGAAGCCGGCAUACAGCCUACUUCAGGUACAGCUCCGCCACCCAAGACGGAGCAGAAGAUCACCCACGACACUCUUUGCUUGGACCAAGCGGAAGAGGGGAGAGAGACGGUGGGGCGGCCGAGCACAGAAUCCAGGAGGAGCCGGACGAGCUUCAUCAGCCAUAUCGGUAUUCCUGAAGAUGCGAUUGAUUGGCAGGCUCGUGGGGAUGCGGACAGGGUCCCUAGCUUUGGGACGUGGACAAAGUCGAGGGAGAGUGAGCAGUGA